AUGGGCUCCCCCAUAUCAGGGCUGAUUGCUGAAGUGGUUAUUCAACGGAUAGAACACUUGGUGUUCACCAAGUAUCAACCAAAGUUCUGGGCUCGUUACGUCGAUGACACCUUCGCCAUUGUCAAAUCAUCUGACGUGGAGCACCUUAAAGAAUUACUGAACUCGGUUGACCAGAAUAUCCAAUUCACGAUGGAAGCCGAAACAAACAACCAACUCCCCUUCCUCGAUGUCCUUGUGCGUCGGUGUGCAACUGGAGAAUUACAAACUACCGUUUUCAGAAAAGCCACCAACACAAGACAAAUACUGAACUUCAACAGCAAUCACCCCCUCUCUCACAAACGCAGCUGUGUCCGUACUCUGUUCCAAAGAGUUGAAACACACUGCAGCACACCAGCCGACAAAAGAGUUGAACGACAAUAUCUUCAUGAUCUCUUUCAAACCAAUAGAUACCCAAGCCACUUCAUCAAGCAAAGCAAGCGCCGAGUGAACAGACGACGGCCACAAGAAGAACAACCCGAAGUCUGGAGGGCUAUUCCUUACAUUAAAGGAGUCUCCGAAGCGGUUUCAAGACUGCUACAACCCGCCAGGGUAGGUAUUGCCCAUCGACCCCAGGCAACAAUUCGUCGCCGUUUGAUGCAACCCAAAGACAUACUGCCACCCACUGAAACCUCAGCAGUUGUCUAUCAAAUACGUUGUAAGGAUGGAGACUGCAACUACGUUGGAGAAACCGGACGGAAAUUGCAGACCCGCCUACAUGAGCACGAACUGGCAACACGGAGACUAGACCCAAACUCACAGCUUGCGGCUCACAUCGGAGAAACUGGUCACAGUUUUGAUUUUCAAGGAGCAGCCGUCAUAGGCAGGGGCACCUCAAGGACUGAGCGUCUCACUCUUGAGGCUUGGUACUCAGAUGCCAACUCCAUCAACAGGCAUCUAGACCUUCCUUCGGCCUAUAAAGUCCUACGUCACUUCAUACACCGUGACGAAGACAAGACAAUCACACGGAGCCUAUGA